AUAUGUAGGGGAAGCUGCUGUAUGCUGAAUAUGGUAGCUUGUAGUUAUUUUGUCAGUUUGUGGUAGUCUUUGUAGCACUUGUGUAGUAUUGUAUCGCUUAUAUAGAACUAAACAGCAGUGUUACUCGUGCUGAGUGAAUAGUUAUGAUAAUCGUCGUCAGUGGUGUAAGAUAGUUUUGUUACAUUCACCGUUGUAUUUUGAAUUACCUCUUUAACCUUACUUUUGCGCGUAAUAACAAUCAAAACAUAUAUUUAAUUUAACUUUAUUUCAGCUGUCUUCACUCUUACAUCCUUAGGAGUCGCCGGUUUAGUCACCAUAUUGUUGUGCAGAUUUUCUUGGACACUUCUUUUUUGGAACCUACCAAACCCUUUUGAAACAUGUGGAAGAGAUACAUAAGCACCUUAAUUUUAAAUCAACUUUUGUGAUCGUUGAGGAUAAAAUGCAAAUCAACCCUAGGUCUGCAAUAGUUAUUUAGAAAUUUAUGUAUAGAUUGAAAUAUCGGAGAUUUUUCUUCGACAUUUAACUAGUAUAUAUGCAGUAGUCCAGCUAAAUCCGAUUUGGAUAUCACGUUUCUAUUUCGGCUGCUUAGAAAAUCAAGCAAGACCUUUUUGAUAUCUCUUUUUUUUUGGGGGGGGGGUGAAAUACAAAGUGACAUCAUUCUAGCUCAUAGAAUCCAUUAAGGCAGUGUGGAAUUUGGCCGCUUUCCUUCAUUAAAAAAUUUCUGUCUUUGGCAACUAUCAAACCGCAUAAUUAUCGCUGAUCUUUGCCAUUAGGUCAUUUCCAGAGAUGUAAUAUCACUAUCAGGAAAUACUGUGAAGUGGCUUCUAAUUUUGUGGAAGUAUCAUCAUGUCGUCUUUAACUACGAAUGUUGGAUGUUGCAGCGACUCCGGCUGGUUGUCGUCUUUUUUUAAACAGUGCGACACUCCGGAAUGUUGCAGUGGAUGUUGCUCAGCGCUACGUCCUCGCUACAAACGUCUGGUGGAUAGCAUCUUUCCAACAAAUCCUCAAGAUGGCCUGGUACGUAACAACAUGGAAAAACUCACUUUUUAUUCCCUUUCAUCUCCUGAGAAGCUUGAUAGAAUUGGAGAGUACCUUGCUCAAAGAGUGGCCAGAGAUAUUACAAGGCACAGAAAUGGAAAUGUUAUCAUUGCCAUGGAAGCUAUGGAUCAGCUCCUUGUUGCCUGUCAUGCUCAGAGCCUCAACUUAUUUGUGGAGAGUUUUCUCAAGAUGGUACACAGGCUAUUGGAAUGUCAUGAACCAGACAUGCAGCUUCUUGCUACAUCAUCUUUUGUAAAGUUUGCAAAUAUAGAGGAGGAUACACCAUCAUAUCAUCGACGCUAUGACUUCUUUGUGUCUAAGUUCUCAUCUCUUUGUCACAACAACCACAAUGAUCCAGACAUCAGAAAUAGUGAACUUUUCAUCCUGAAGGACUGGUUACGUUUUGCUGGACUUAAGGGAUUAAAGGGUGUUGUUAGAAAAACUGUUAAUGAUGACCUUCAGGUCAACAUCUGGGAUGAAAUCCACAUGGAAAAGAUAAUUCCUUCUCUGUUAUUUAACAUGCAAGAAAAUCAUCAAUCUAGUGAGACCCCAGAUUCUCCCCAGGAGGAGACAACUCCAUGGACAUUGGCUGAGAACUGUCUACGUGAACUGAUGGGUCGAGUUACUUUUGGUCAUAUCCGAUCUGUGAUACGCCCGGUUCUUAAACAUCUGGAUAAUCAUGAGCUGUGGGUUAAAUCAGGUGCAAGCCAUGUGUUUAAAGUCAUCAUGUAUUCUAUUCAGGUGAGUUUUAAAGUAUUGUCCCCCCCAAAAAAAAACCCGGAGGAAAUCACCUUUCAGGAGAAAGGAGCAACCAAAAACUCAUCUUUCACCAAGGAAAGUAAAUAUCCAAAUUAAUUUAACUUUGAUAGUUGAAUGAUAUUACAUGUGACUUUAUCUUUUAC